GUGUGUAACAAAAGCUGGUCAUUCGUCGGAUGAAGCUACUAUCUUUAUUAGUUAAGAAUAGUCUAUUGCAAAAAAUUGAAAAAUCAAGGGUUUUUAUGCACUUUAUAACUCAUAUCAAAACUUCAGAUUCUGCACUCCGUAUUUAUGUCAUCUUCUCCUAUAUAUUUAUCAUCUAGGGGAUGAAAAAUAAUAUAUUCUUUGAAACUAAUAAUGUAUAUCUUUACGUAAAAAGUAUAACUCUAUAAACCACUAGAUUCCAAACAACUUUAUUUUCUAUCUAGAAUUUAUUUUUUCUUUUAUAAUAAGUUGGACGUAGUGUACAAUAUCAAGUAAAAGAUUUUCUGAUAUGCAUACGUCUUCCUGUGUUUUUUGUUUUUAUGUCUAGUAUUAGAUUAUUAGUAUACACACGCAUGAGGGUUCAAGCUUAUACUUUUUUCAAUAUUUGGAUUUAUUUCAAUCUCAUAUCUCACAAGAGUUCCAAACAAGGUUUUGCAUGAAUGCAGUGAGACCAAGAAAUGUUACUUCACAAGCAACAUUAAGCAAUCAAAUUAAUUAUAAUUUUCAUUAUUAUAACACAAACUGUAUUUACUUGCACUAACUCGCAACUAACAGCAGCAUAUAUACAGCAUAUGGAAAGUCAUAUCAAAACGAUAUCAUAUAUGAUUACAAAACCAAUAUAUAUGAUUCACCAAGAAGUGACAAUCCUAUACCCGACCAAAACAAGAAGAAAAUAGAUACGCAGUGUUGCUUCAUCUUGCAAGAAACUAUACAGAAAACUAUAUGCAUAGUAUUCAAUUCAGUAUACAAACAAAACAGAAAAAAAUCACUUCAACGUAAAUGUACGUAUAAAAUACUUAGAGUCUGACUGGUGACCAUUCGGGAAACAAGAGGAACAGAUUAAAAAAGAAUAUUAGGGAAUAAAAUAGCGGGAAUGAAAAGGAAUGGUUGUUUCUUAUCACUUUUAACAAGGAAUAUUUUUGUUCUUUAAUUCUCUACAAAAAAAUGAAUGAAAUGGAAUGAGAGGGAAUUAUUAUUCCUUGUGAAUGGUGAUUUUUUUCAGGAACGUUAGAGAAUGCAUUAUUCCUCGCCGUUCCCUGGUCACCAUUCAUACCCUUAUUCAGAAUUUUCAGGUGGGCCAUGAAAAUCUUAAGCAAUAGAAAUGUGAUUUUUUGGCCAAACAAAGCAAAUCUAAUGACUUGUUACUUUUAGAUUGGACCUAAAAGAAUAUUUCAUGUCGUAGUUUCUAUUUUUCUCUAUAUAAACACAGUCCCAGUUUAUUCUCUAAAGUCUUUUUUUUUUUUUUUUUUUCUAAAGUCUUCCUCUCUUCUUAAUCAUUUGCUUUACAGUCUCAGAAACUCUUUCUUCUAAAUGAGACAAAAGGGUCACAGACACGGAGGAGCAGUGUCACCUUGUGCCGGAUGUAAGCUUCUUCGGAGAAAAUGUGUGAAAGAUUGCGUCUUUGCUCCAUAUUUUCCAGCUAAAGAGCCUUACAAGUUUGCCAUUGUCCACAAGAUCUUUGGUGCUCGUAAUGUCAAUAAGAUGUUGCAGGUGUUGUCGGAGAACCACCGGAGCGACGCCGUAAAUUCGUUGGUGUACGAGGCCAACGCGAGGGUACAAGAUCCUGUGUACGGAUAUGUAGGAACAAUUUCGUCAUUACACAGACAACUCGAAACUCUCCAAACUCAGCUAGCUUUUGCUCAGGCCGAACUGGUUCAUCUGAAGACGCUCCACCAUGUUGACACUAGAUGGCCGCCGUAUAUGGCGAGUAGCAUUACUUUCCCCACGAUCAAAGACUUCUCCAGUGACGUCAACAUGACUUUUAUGUACGAUAAUGGUGCCGGCGAGUCCCUUUGGUCGUGCUAGCUUUCCCUGAUCUAUCCAUGCAAUAGUUAAAAAGGGCAAAAAAAAAUCAGAUUAUAGCCAAUAUAGACUAUACUAAAUGAACGUAAUAAGUAUAUAUUAACAACUAAAGAAAUAAGAUUAUAAAUUUUAUUUAUGUGUUGAACAAAAACAAAAACAAAAACUUUAUUUCUGUAUGUCUUCUUUUGAGGAUUUUUUUUCUUAACUAAUGUUGGGAAAGUAAAAAGAAAAGAGAGAGAGGCAUAUUAAUGUAACAUAUAUAAUAUAGACUACAUAAGUUAAUGUCUUACAAACUCAUGAGUUAUAACUCUGAAAGAACAAUAUGCUAUGCAAGUCUAUAACUAUGCUAAUCUAUACAAUUUGAAUACUAUUAUGUGAUAAUUUAAAGCAAAUGCCACAAGGACCACGGUUUUUUACCUCUCGGUUUGCUUCUAAGCAUUGAGCUCCUAAGAAUGAUAGAUGACAAGAAAAUCAACAAUUUGAAACUGUGGCUGAUGUAAAACCGAUACUAAUUAAGAAAUAACAACGAAGAAAGACUCAGACUCACCUGGCUUGCCUGACGAACUCCUUACCGUCCAUCCAAGGUGUACGGUUCCUAGAUGGAGAAUUUGCAGCUGAUGAUUGCUGACUUGAAGGGUACCAGAUUGUUGUCUUUGUGGUUUGGAGGGAAAAUUGGCUACGUAUCUUUUUCCUGUCUCUAUUUUGAAGUCUUCUUGUCCCGAUUUCAAAUAAAAACUUUUAAUUACUUCUCCCUCCAAACCAGAGAAACUUUUGAUUAGUUAUUGUAGACUCUAUGGACAAUUAUUAUUUUUUAUUUCUAAAACUAAAAAAUAAUGUAGUGAGGUUUUGGUCCUACAUUACCAAACUACAAAAUUAACAAAUACUGCCUUGAGUUUGCAUUUAUUAUGUGUUAUUAAAAUAUUCCAUAUUGGCCUAUUGGAAAAUAUAUAAACAUAAAAAUCCUAGACAUUGUUAUUGCAAUAGUUAAAAGGCUUCGCAUCUAUUCUAUUAAAACAGCAGUGUGACCCAUUGAUAAAAGUAGGGUCCAACAAUUAUUUCAACAAUGCAUAUUUUUUUAUAUGAUAACUGCAAUGUCUUUUUAAUUUUUGAAAUUAACCACCACAUUCUCUUUUUUUUUCCGAAAAUAACCACCACUCCUUAAUAGUAGGGAACCUCUAUUAUGUAACUUCUGUUAUUACAAGUUGUUUUCUAUUAGUCGGGACCAUUUAAAAUCUAUUUUCUCGACUUUACCACCAUUUCAAUUCCCUACUAAUAUAUUUUCUGGACUUUACCACCAUAUUUAUGAUAUCUAAUAAUAUAUAACCUUAGUUAUAUCGAUUGUUUCCUAAUAAUAUGGAGCAUAUCUACUUUUUCUGAUUAUAUCUCCAACAAACAAGAACAUUCUAAGAAUCAAUCAAUUAUUCUAAAAUCAAUUUUGAAAUUUUGUUAUCUAACUCCUUAAUCCCGUAAAAUAUGUCCUCAUAUUUUGUAACAAUUUUUAACUUAAAAACUAGAUUUUUUUCUUAACUAUUAGUGUUUCCAUCGCCAUCCUCUCUUUAUAAAUAUCGUUCCCACAAUGUCGUUAAGACAGUAGAAGCUCACAUAAGGUUUUCUCGGGAUAAAAGAAUUUGGGCCAUGGACAUUUAAUUUACGAAACCCAUUAUAAUUGGGCCAUGGACUUUGAUUUACAUAACCCAUUUUUAAUUGCUAUACAAAUUAUUAUGUGUAAUAAUGAUGUAACUACAAUUGUAUACAAAAUUAAAUAAUUCCAAUUUUAUGAUUUUUUAAUUUAUUUAAUAUAUCUAUUUAAUUACUGUUUUAUUACUAAACAAAAUUGUAACAAUACUUUGUUAUUUUUUUUAAAUUACUGUUUUAAAAUAAAGUACCAUAUUAAUAAACUAAAAGGCUAUGUCACAAAUUUAUAGUUUAACCCUAUAAUAAAUUCAAUACAAUUAUCAAAAUACUUUACUAAUCAUUUUUUAUAAAACAGUUACGCAAAUAUGAUCACAUAUAAAAACACAAAUAUGAUUAUAAAAAAAAUACAUAUAUGAUACAAGGAAAGACACAAGUACAUACUUAUGAAACUUGAUUUAUUUAAUAUACUUACAAAAAUUAUCUAUUCUAUUAAAUUUAUAUCAUACAAAAAUAUGAUUAUAGAAACACACAAACAUAUAAAUUAUAUUA